AUGUUGCUUUAUUCCUCUUUGGUUUUCUACUGCUGCAUCAUCUCCGUGGCCGUUUGGGGCAGGAGAUCUUUCCAUAAAGAAGUCAGUGAGCCUUUUUCCCCCAAAACGUCUACAUAUUGGCAUUCUUUGUUGCACUAUUUCGCUGCCAACAAUGUCUACUUCGGUCGCCAUCCGGCAAGAAAGCACGUGCAAGAGCCUUACGUUUUUAAUUCCAAUGACGGCUCCGUACCGCGUUAUGGUGGCUGGCGAGCAAAGCACGCCCAGUCAUUUAAUCAGCAAGAUCAACCAGAAGAAACCAUGUAUGCAGCCUUCGAAGGAUUGGGCGAAGAUGCAGAGUACCUGAAUCAAAAUAUACCCUUUGACGGGGCUAUCGAACCCUAUCCGCAAUUUCAUUUAGAAGACUAUCGAAGCCACCCAUCAUUCUUAAACCUACUUGCGCAAGCGCAUAAAGGAAAUCUUUAUCCUCAAGGGCCAUACGUAUCUCCUUCAGAAAUUAUUUUUGGAAAGCAAACAGGACUCCGAAGACCAGGAAGACCAUACGGACGACCCCGUCCGCCCUGUCAAAAUGGAAGGCCUGGUCCGCCUGGCCCAUCAGGUCCAACUGGUCGUAAAGGAGACGCGGGAGCAACUGGCCAAACUGGCCCAGCUGGCCCCAAAGGAGACCCGGGGCGCGACGGACUUGACGGCAAUGAUGGUGCUGACGGCGCCAAUGGUGCUGAUGGAGCCACUGGCCCAGCUGGUCCUUCAGGCCCCAAAGGUGCGACGGGUGACAUGGGACCCACGGGUCCAACAGGACAAACUGGGGGGAUUGGACCUAUAGGUCCUACUGGGCCAAAAGGCGAUGACGGUGGUAAUGGUCUUGAUGGUAAAGACGGUAAAGAUGGUCUUACUGGUCCUACUGGUCCUACUGGACCUAAUGGCGCUACUGGCCCUACUGGUCCUGCUGGUCCUACUGGCCCUACUGGCCCUAUUGGUCCUCUUGGUCCUCCCGGCCCUCCCGGCCCACCCGGCCCACCUGGUUCUGGUAAUCCUGGGAGUCCUUUUGUUCCUCAUCUAUCCGCAUCGUUUUACGGGGGUCAUCCAUAUUCUUACGUGGAAAAGCGCCAAAAUGGGCCACUCCUAUCUCUAAUCAUGCAACUACAAGCGCAAGUUGGUGCACUGAUGAGCCAGUUUGCUAGUCAAGGACUGGACCAAUUGCGAGGUCCGCCAGGUCCACCUGGACCACCUGGUCCUACAGGACCACCAGGGACAUGCACAAAUGGAUCACCCUGUCCGCCUGGUCCACCAGGUCCUAGAGGACCACCCGGACCAACAGGACCAACAGGACAAACCGGCCCAAUCGGACCUUCUGGAACAGACGGCGUAGACGGACAAAUCGGCCCAGAUGGACCAGAGGGACCCGAAGGACCAAUGGGUCCGCCUGGUAAUGAUGGUACUGAUGGAGCAAUGGGCCCAGAGGGCCCUAUGGGCCCAGAAGGCCCCGCUGGCUCCAAAGGCGACGCCGGAGAUCCUGGACCACGCGGUCCUGACGGUGCCAUAGGGCCAUCUGGAGAGGCUGGCCAAGCUGGCCCACAAGGUGAUAAAGGUGACAAAGGAGACAAGGGAGAUACAGGUUCAGCUGGCCAAGCCGGAACGGCAGGUGAGCAAGGAUCACCCGGCAAUGAUGGUAGGGAUGGUGCGGAUGGUGCGACUGGUCCUGCUGGAGAUAAAGGAGCAAAAGGUGAUACUGGUUCUAUCGGUCCUAUUGGUCCUAUUGGCCCUCUUGGUCCUAUCGGUCCUAUUGGUCCUAUUGGCCCUAUUGGCCCUAACGGCCCCGCCGGUCCUGGCGGCUCUGCUGGUCCUGCUGGUCCUAUUGGCCCUAUUGGCCCUAGCGGUUCUAUUGGGCCAACUGGUCCUAUCGGCCCUAUCGGCCCUCCCGGCCCUCCUGGCCCUCCUGGGCCAGCGUCAAAUGCUGGCGGGCAAGGAGGUGGAGUUGGGCGCUGA